AUGCACGGCGCUGCGUCUGCGAUUCCGUUCUACACUGCAGAGACAGUCCAGCGGGUGCUCCAGAUGCCGCAGCUCAUCCUUGCGAUGGAAGGAGCUCUGCGCGCCUUCUCCGGCGGCCGUGCCCACGCUUUGUCGUCCUCGUCGUCGUCGUCCGCGUCCUCGGGCGCGCUCGGGGUCAAGCUCGUCACGUUCUACCCGCACAACCCGCGGGGCGUCGCGACCCACAGCGCCGUCAUUGCUCUGUUUGAGCCUACAACGGGCAUCCCGACCGCGCUCAUGGAUGGCAGCGUCAUCACUGAGCUGCGCACUGCGGCUGUCUCGGCGGUCGCUGCGAGAUUGCUCGCCCCGCUGGACUCGUCCGUGCUCUGCAUUCUCGGCUCUGGAGCGCAGGCGUGGUCUCACUGGCAGGCAAUGCGUCUCGUGCGCCCAUUCACGCACGUGCGCAUCUGGAGCAGGACGCCAGCGAACGCACACGCACUCGCAGAUCGAAUCACGAGGCAGCAAGCGUCUCAGACCGCCCACUCCUCGUCGUCUGAGAAUCCGAGUCCCGUUCAAGUCACAGUCGCAUCGACACCUCGAGAUGCCGCGCUUGGUGCCGACGUGAUUGUCUGCGCCACCUCGGCCACCGAGCCAAUUCUCCUCGGCGAGUACGUCAAGCCCGGCGCGAUGGUCACCGCCGUCGGCGCUUGUCGGCCAAACUGGCGUGAAAUGGACGAUGCCUUGAUGCAAAAUUCCAUUGUGAUUGCCGAUUCGCUUGCGGGUGCCUUGAAAGAGUCGGGCGAUAUCAUUCUUUCCCAGGCCACCGUGGCCGGCGAAUUGGGCGAGCUCCUCACACGCCGCGACGAGAUUGCUCGCGCUCAAAACGCUACAAGCACACUGAAUACGCUUGCUUCGAGCAAUGCAUAUCUGCCGCUUCAGACAUCUCCAGUCAAGCCAAUUGUCUUUAAAUCUCUUGGCAUGGCUGUUGAAGAUGUUGUUGCUGCGUCUUUGGUUGUCGGCGCAUUGCAUCCCUAA